AUGAUCACCUCAAGGGCAGGCCUGACGGCCGUUCGCCGGGUAGCAAAGCCCUCGACCUUCUUCACAGCCACCGCCCUCACGACGCCGAUGCAGGUCCGCUCGGCCGCGACGCAGUCCCUGACGCCGGCGGACGGGCAGUCGAUCCUGGCCAAGCAGCGGCUGCAGCGGCCGGUGUCGCCGCACCUCGAGAUCUACGACAAGAACCAGACCUUCUUCGGCUCCUCCAUCUGGCAGCGCUUCACGGGCAUGUUCUUCACGGGGUCGCUCUACGCCUACUCGAUCGGCUACCUCGUCGCGCCCCUCGCCGGCUGGCACCUCGAGUCCGCCAGCAUCGCCGCCGCCUUCGCCACCCUGCCCGUCCUCGUCAAGGGCGGCUUCAAGGUCGUCCUCGCCUGGCCCUUUGUCUUCCACGGCAUCAACGGCGUCAAGCACCUCGUCCACGACUCCACCGCCAAGGGCUUCCGGAAGGCCACCAUCAAGCAGAACGAGUACCUCAUCUGGGGGUCAAGUGCCGUCGUUGCGUUGGGUUUGGCUUUCCUUCUGUAG